AUGAGCGGAAAAAAGCAGGAGGGCCAGGAAUCUACGGAACCAACCACAAAUGCGAAAGAGCCGAAGGAAGAGGGAGAGAAACCGAAACGACAAAAGACAGUACUGGAGCAAGAUGAAGAGCUGAAAUUGAGGCUGGAGAGCAUUUCAGGGGAGGGAGGAGGCGCUGGGGUGGAAUACGAGGGUGGCAAAGCACGUCAUAGACGCGGUGAUCGCGCUUUCGCGUCUCUUACUAAGCGAAGCUUGUCAAACAGGAAGCUUUCGUCUAAACCCAACCUCAUCAUCAGACCAAUGCUGCCAAAGUUGUCAAUCGAAUCUGGCACGUCAGCAACACGGAUCGAUUACCAUCUGGACUCUAAAGAACCCAUCAAGCUCUCCAAUCUGCAGGCUAAGAACUUCGCCAUGCGAGGCAAACGAUCUUCUCUGGAGGCUAAGGCCUCACCAGCUCCUAAGAGAGGCACAAAGCGCGCCGCCGCCGCUCCGUCCUCACCUCCGCCGGCCAAGCGCGGCAGAGGCAGACCCAAGAAAAUCCAAAAGACUCUCGAGGAGACGAUGGGAGGCGCCGAGGAUACUGGGAUGGAUGAAGAAGUCGAGGACGACACGAAGGAGAUCGAAAAGCAAAUCGCCGGACGUCCAAAGAUGAAAGGAAGAGCUCGGGCAAAGAAGGCUGUGGCAACUCGUGAAUCGAUUGGAGGAGAUGAUUCUGUCAUGGAGGAUCGCCCCGAGCUGGCGUCAGUCGAUGAAAUCCAGGAUCUCCCCAAGCAAACAGGACGAAGCCGGGCGAAGGCCAAGACGAUAGACAAGAACAACGAUUCGAGCGCCAAGGACUCCCCAAAGACGAGAGGCAGAGGUCGAGCGAAGAAGGAGAAGAAGAUUGAUGAGAAUGACGACUCGGUCAUGGAUAACGGUGCCAACGAGGAAGCUGUCGACGAGGCUGAAGAUGAAGCCCCUGAGCCCCCAAAGAAGAGAGGCAAAGGUCGUGCGAAGGCGCAGAAGAUGGAAGAAAAUGAAAAAUCAGUUAUGACGAAUGAAGCCGAAGACGAUGCUGCUGAUGUGAAAGAGGUCGAGAUCGCUCCCAAGAAGAGAAGAGGCCGACCUAAGAAGUCGCAGAAGACAAGUGAUGAUACCAAUGCCGUCGAGGACUCUGUGGUAGACAAUGGCGUCGAUGAUGCGAAGGAGAAUGGGAAGGAAGUUGCAGAGCCUGCUCUAAAGAAGAAGGCUACUAGAGGCAGAGCAAAGAAGGUAAAGCCAAAUGAUGAGACGAAUGAAGACUCUAUCAUGGAGAAUGGUGUUGAGGAUGAUAAGGCAAUCGCAGAGCAGAUUGAGAAAGACACUGCGUCGUCCCCGCCAGUCAAGAAGGCCAGAGGUAGACCCAAGAAGAACCAGAAGACCAAUGGCAAUGCCGAAGAUUCCGUGAUUGAAAACGAAGUCGAGGAUGGCGCAGAUGUUUCCAGACAGCUGGGGGAUGAGAAUGCAUCUUCUCACCCAUCUAAGAUGUCGACUCCAGCAGCAAAGAAGGGCCGGGGUAGAGUCAAGCAGGCACGAGGAGCAAGUGAGGUCUCAAAUUCAGACGCGGAAAACAAGGAGGCCCAGGAUGGCAAGGAGCUCUCAUAUCACAUCGAUGAUCAAACUGAUGAUGCCCCUGUUGACGCCCAGGCCGACGGAAACAUAAACCCGAGAUCCAUUGCCGACAGUACCGAGGCAAUGGAUACCGAGGGUAGCCUGGAGAUCACGAAGCAAAACAAAGAUGUUUCUGAACAGCAGUCUGCCAACGAAGAGAAGGUAGACGAUGCUGAGCAUGGACCGGCGGCAGGCCAUACUUUUGGAGACGAGGGCGCGAGUAAGGUUGCACCCGAUGAGUCGUCUCCCGACGGACAGAAGAAUGAAAACCAUGAUGCCGAGACGCCAAAAGACGAGCAAAUCGUGGAUAACGAAGAGAUGAAGGAAGCCAGAGGUCUACCUGAGGGGCCGGAGAUAAACGAGUUCAAUGAUGAUAGUGCCGACGUCGAAAUGGUCGACGAUCAUGAAGAUCGAAAUGAAGAGCUCCUCUUGAAGCACGAGAGCGUUGAAGCGGAUGAGAAGCAUAUUAACGGCCUCGAUAGCGACGUUGAGAUGGAGCCAGCCCAGGGUCUGGACAUUGAGGACGAUGAUGAGAUUGCGAAGCAGAUCAACGAAUCAAGCGCUCCAAACACCAUUGCAUGCAAGCAAGAGGACGACGAGGGCGAAAGCACGAAAGUUAAGGACAUUGAAGAUGACGAGGAAAUUUCCAAGCAAAUAAACGGUGGAUCGUACGAGCUUAUGACAGAUGGCAUUGAGGGCGAGAAGAGAGCAUCUGAUGAAGUCAAUGCUGAUACUUCCGAUGUCAUGAAAUCUACAAUUCAAGAACAGCAAGCUGCGACCGAGGAAAUCAAGAACAACGCCGAGUCCGUCAUUGCGGAGGAGAAGCAUGAAGCUGGUAUGCCAGCUUUUUCCGGCGACCUCAAGCAUGAUUUUGAGACAAAGACUACGGAGCACCUUGAUGGACCAGAAGCUUCAAGCACCCACGGAUCUACGCAGGAGGGUAGCGAUAAGCGUGAAGUUGCGAUUCCAUCCUCUUCCAAUGACCUCAGGAAGGAAUCUGAGAUCAAGACUGCUGAGCAGAUCGACGAACCAGAAGCUUCAGACACCUAUGGAUCCAAGGAAGAGGGUGGUGACAAGGGAGAAUCUGCUAUUCCAUCGUUUUCUAACGAUCUUACGAAUAACUCCGAAAAAAAGAUUGCGGAGCAGAUUGAUCAACCAGAGGCUUCAACAACCCACGGAUCCGCGCAAGAGGGUAGCGAUAAGCAUGAAUUUGCUAUCACAUCGUCUUCUAAUGAUCUCAAGAAUGACUCCGAGAACAAGACUGCCGAACAGAUCAACGGGCCAGAAGCUUCAAAUACCAAUGGAUCGAAGCAAGAGGGUAGCGAGAAACGUGAAGCUGCCAUUCCAUCAUCUAUCCUGGAGAAGGGCAUCAUCUACUUCUUCUUCCGUGCUCGCGUUGGUGUUGAGGACCCCAAUGGCAUUGAGGACGUUGCUCGCAGCUACAUCGUUCUCCGCCCUCUUCCACUUGGCGCAAAGCUCGGCGAAGGCCCACUCGAGGACUCUGGAAAUGCUCGCCUCCUGGCCUUGCCAAAGAAAAUGCUUCCUAAGAGUCGUCAAGAUCGUUUCCUGGUAUUUGUUGAGCAGCCGAAUGCGACGAUCAAGGAUCUGAGAGAGCAGUUCUCAAGCAACGAUUAUGCUACCCAGACUUCUGGCACAAGUCACAUCCCAGCCGCCACCCCUUUCGCUGAAGGUAUCUACGCCAUCACCUCCACCGGUCGCGAAUCGCACCUCGCAUACCACGUUACCAUGCCCGCCAUUGGCGAAAUCCAGAAAGAGCUCGGUCUUAACGAAAAAGGCAGCUAUGUUGUCUCGGCCAAGAAUCCAAACGCUCCCGGCCCAGCCAACGCAACCCUCGACAACCCAGCACAGUACCCCGAGCAUAUCCAAAGCAAGUUCCGCAACCUUCGCUGGAUGCCCCUCGAGCCCGAGCUGUUGAACUACCAGCACACCCAGUUCUUGAUUAUCGGUGAGGGAUUAGGCGAUAUGGACAAGGCUGUUGAGGAAAUGAGUCGGGACGAGAGAGAUGAUGAGACGGAGACGCCGGGAGAGGAGAUGGCGAAGUUGGAAGAAGAGGACCAUAGGCGUGUUCAGCAUCUGGAGCAGGAUGAUCCAAUCUUUGCGGACUUGGGGCUGAGCUCGAAGGAGUACCCGAAGAUGCAGACGACUUGGUAG